CUGGAACCUGAGACGAUACCCAAAAAACGUGCACCAAGAGUACCUAAACGGAAAAUUCCCACUUUUGAAGAAGGUGUGUUCACGUUUCCCAAAAUUACCCCAUUCAUAGGUGUAGCAGGCGAGGAAAUACAGUCUGAAAGGUCAGAAAAACCCGCCUCUAAACGGCGACGAUCUGUAUUCCCAGCUGAUCUUGGAGAUCCAGAUGAAGGUCCUCGGGGCAAAAUUCAGCUGACUUUUGAGGAGAGUUUGAAAAUUGCCGAAUCCAAAAAGAUCAGUGAACCCAUAAAACCGAAGACCCUUCAUCACUACUUUUCAGCUUCUCAGUCCUCCUCAAAUGUGCAAGCUCAGCAGCAGAAAAAGGAAAUAGCAGUGGAUGAUUUCUUUGCUUCGUCGAAGCCGCACAAGGUGCGCCGCUCUGAUGAAGAGAAAGCAGCAUCGAGCGUCGCCGUUGAAGGUGACGACGACAUAUGCCUCUCUGCUUCGUCCGUCGAAAAACCUCUUGUUCCAUCACCGGAAAAUCUUCGACGUCAAAGUAGAAAAAAGGAACACCUCCCUCGGCCCUCUACUUCACCGACAAAACCCGCGGCCUCAUCAAAUAAAGUCUUUGCUAGUCCAACUUCUCCAACCUCUCCAAAAGAGUCUGUCCAUAGGGUGAAGGAGAGGGACGCCAUCUCCCACACGACUCCACCAAGUGCGAGGAAGAAGGCCUCCGCUGCAUCCACGCCGGAUCACGCGACCCCCAAAACCCCCGGCGGUAGCAGAGCGGCCUUCUGGGCCUUUCAGGCCAGGGAUGGACCCAGGGCACUUGGAUCGAGACCCAUACCAAAGAAUGCGUCGAACUGUUUUGACGGCAAGACAUUUGUCAUCACGGGUGUCCUGGAGUGCCUGGAUCGCGACGACGCCCAGGCCCUCAUCGAGCGAGGUGGAGGUCGAGUCACCAAGUCAGUGAGCAAAAAGACCACCUACCUGGUUGUAGGCCGUGAGUCGGGCGCCAGCAAGCUCGACAAGGCCACCGCCCUGGGGACUAAACAACUCACCGAGGACGAGUUCUUCGAUCUUGUCUACCGCGGCUUCGGGGAGCCGGCGUCCGAGGACGAUGACGGCUUCCUGUCGGAGUCAGUGACCGUCUCCCGGGAGGAGCUGAUCGGAAAUACGAAGAGCCCUCGUGUCGCGAACAAACCUGCCCCACCAACACCGCCACCACCACCUCCGUCCUCUCUCCUCACCGACCGGCCGCUGUUGGUCCCAAGACCUUCGAAAGAAGGCGGGAUGAAGCUGGAAGGUGGCGAUGGUGGUGGUGGGACGGACUCCGGAGGCAGCCAUGAAUUGUGGGUUGAGAAGUACCGACCGACCACGCGGAAGCAGCUAGUCGGACAGAGCGGAGCCACUAGUCCGGCCAAUCGUCUGUUCGCUUGGCUUUCCUCCUGGCAGGAGGACUUUGCGGCUGGUCACAAGGUCAAGGCCUACUCGUCAGCCCCGCCGUGGGCUGCCGGCAGCACCUCGGACUCGGGCGCCUGGGCUCGCGCCGCCCUCCUCUCGGGUCCGCCGGGGAUCGGCAAAACCACCACCGCGACGGUCGUGUGCCGCGAGUUGGGUCUGUCGACAAUCGAGAUGAACGCCUCCGACACGCGGUCCAAGCGGUCUCUGCAAGAGGAGGUCGCUGAGGCUCUGGGAAUGCGGUCUCUAGCGAACAUGCUCACUGGAAAAGUUGACGCCCCGGCCUUGACUUCGCACGUGCUCAUUAUGGACGAGGUGGACGGGAUGGCGGGUAACGAGGAUCGCGGUGGAAUGCAAGAGUUGAUUGGCAUAAUCAAGACAAGCAAGGUGCCUGUCAUUUGCCUCUGCAACGAUCGCCAAUCCGCCAAGGUUCGCUCCCUGGCCAAUUACUGCCUGGACCUGCGUUUCCAUAGGCCGCGAGUCGAGCAGAUCAAGGCCGCCAUCCUCUCGAUGGUCUGUCGUGAGGGUGUCUCUGUGGGACCUACUGCUCUCAACGAAAUCAUCACAGCGAGCAAUCAGGAUUUACGGCAGGUAAUCAAUUCCGUUCAAAUGUGGUGCAUGGGCGAUGCCACCUCCAUCAGGGAGUCGGAUGUAAGUGCUGGUGCCGCUGCCGCUCACAAGAACCUGCGUCUUGGACCCUUCGAGGUGAUUCGGAAGGUAUUUCACCCCGAAACCGACGGGAAGACGGCGUCCUUUGCCGAGUCAAUGGAUCUAUUCUUUCAAGACUACUCCAUCGGCCCACUGUUCGUUCAGGAAAACUACGUCAACGUUCGUCCUUUGGCGGCAAAUGGUAACCUAUUUCGCACCCUCGACCUCUUGGCGAAGGCCUCCGAGGACAUCGCGACCGGAGACAUCGUGGGCAGAACUAUCCAAUCAACGGGCGCCGGUGCUUGGUCCCUGCUUCCCGUCCAGGCGGUGUUCUCGUGCCUGCGUCCGGGCCGUUUCCUGCGCGGUCCGCUGCCAGGCGGUCCGGGCGGCGUGUCGUUUCCCUCGUGGUUCGGGAAGAACUCGACCCAGGGCAAAAACUCCCGCAUCCUUUCCGAGCUCUCGAGGCACAUGCGGCUGUCCACGCACGGCGGAGCCACUGAUCCGCGGUGUCUCCUGAUGGACUACCUCGGCCCCUUGGCGGUGCGACUCUCUGCGCCUCUGAAAGAAGGCGACGUCAAUACCGUGAUUGAAACCUUGGAUGCGUAUAAACUGCUGAGAGAGGAUAUGGAUAAUAUAAUGGAUCUCACCUCGUGGCAGGGCAGAUCCAGUCUAAUGAAGGCCAUCGACUCGAAGGCAUGUUGUCCUGUUUUAUUGGCGUAUUGGGCAUUGCAUUUACUUCAUAACGUGAAGGCUGCACUCACACGAAGCUAUAACAAAUCUGUCCAUAUACUACCCUAUGCUACAAGCAGCGGGACGUCUGGAAAACGUAAAGCCCGGGCUACCGAGGGGACACUGGAGGACGAUGAGGCGAAACAGCUGCUGGGUGAGGACAGUGAAUCUGCCAGCGGCGACGAAGACCCAGAAAUCCUGAAAGUGUCCAAGAAGCCAUCAAAGAAAUCCACCACAGCUUCUUCUUCUUCUAAUGGAAAGGCUGACGAUGGUGGACCUAAAAGCCAGCGAGGAAGCAAAGGCAAAAGGAAGAAGAAAGAUGCUGAAUAG